AUGGGUCGCGGGGUCGGAGCCAGUUGUGAUGCAUCGGAGCGGGUCGUGUGCGUCAGUCGGGUCGUUGGGCUGGCGCGUCGCGGGGCACCGAGUGGCGCAUCACGGUCAGCGUCAAGGCUCUGUCUGGGUCACAGCGGGUCUCGGCCCGUCGGGUCGGCGGUCCAACGGGUCGGGUUCGUCGCGGGGUCUGCUCCGGUUGAUCACAAGCCUUGUCUCUGCCAGUACUUGAAGAACCCUCUCCUCCAAAAUUACAUCAAUUCCCCAGGUGCCAAAACAGUCGCCGCCGCUUGUAAAACCCCCAACCCGAAAUGCUAA